CAAGUUAUAUCAUCAGGGUUCUUUUGUGUUUGCUUUUCAUGGUCAACGGUUGCUAUGAACCAGGUCUUUGUUUAUUUGCUCCAAAUAAUUUGACACUCGACCCUCGGAUUUGCAAACGACUUCUAGUACGUUCUCACCGAAUAAUCGAGUGCAUCAGUUCUUCCAUACGUUUCGGAUUAAAAACUUGAGUCUCUUCGGCCCAAUCAUAGAAUUCAUCCACCAUGUCCGUCAUCAACAUUUAUCACCAUAACGAAAACAUCUACAACGUGGAAAAGAAACCUCCGGAACGCCCGCCGAAACCGCCUCUGUACCACUCGCGUUUCGAACACCAGGUCCGCCGAGAGACCAAGUCCAGCAAGGAUGCCCAUCGGACGAUGGGCUUUGCCAAAAUUCCUCUGCAAAAACCGGACGAAUUUCUCAAAAAGAACUGCGGCAUCCGUUUCCGGGCUACAAAAUCGGCACCGGUUCGACUGUGCACUAGCCACAAACCGCCGGUCCCCAAGAAGGACGAGCUGGUCGCAUCACAGCAGCAGGUGAUGAAGUGCGUCGAUUUCAAGGUCGAGAACAUCAAGAAGGUGGUUUGUUCAAAUCCGAAGAAAGUCCGACCACGGUAUGCCGAUACAAGGAAGGGCGAUUUUCACGAUCUGGAAAAGUCGGGCCUGGUACCGGUUUACAUGUGUCAACCGAAGUACGGCAAGGUCCCGGAAUAUCUCCACCGUCGCAAGAAGGAUCUGGAGGCGCAGAAGCAACGUCUGAUGGACAAGAUGGCCGAACAGAAAUCUGCCUGCGCGGCAAUUUCCCAGGAGGAGCGAUUGGAACUGUUGAAGGGACUGAAGAAAAACUGGGAAAAUCUGCAGCGGGAGUACCAAAGUCUUCCAUUGCUGAUUGACACUGUGCCGAAAAUGAUCCGUAAAGCCAAACUGGAAAAAGGCCUCAAAGAGCUGGAGAAGGAUAUCCUCAUGAUGGAGAAUAAUCCCUACAUCUACGUGUAUAGUGACGAUGACGAACAGCAGCAGCAGCAGCAACAACACAACAACCGAAAGUGAUGUGUGACGACAUAGGCAGUGUUCCAGGAUGUGUUCUCUAUUUUGAUACUUUAUCUCUUAUUGCCGUAUCUACCUAGUAAUAAUGGUAACAUUUUUUUAACAGAACAUAUAAUAGCGUGUGCCCCGAGUGCUUUCAAUUUUAGCAGUAGAAUGUGAAUUGUGCAAUAAAUUCGAAGAAAUCUUCCGUACAGUAGAA